GGGCUGGGAAUGCAGCAGGAGGUGGAGGGAGGCAGGGCUAUUUAAGCCCAGGCUGAGGGCCGGCUGGCUGGCAACCCCAAGUAGCCUGUCCUGCGAGCUGCCACCAGCAUGGAUGACAUCUACAAAGCUGCGGUAGAGCAGUUGACAGAAGAGCAGAAGAAUGAGUUCAAGGCUGCCUUUGACAUCUUUGUCCUGGGAGCGGAGGAUGGCUGCAUCAGCACCAAGGAGCUGGGCAAGGUGAUGAGGAUGCUGGGCCAGAACCCCACACCAGAGGAGCUGCAGGAGAUGAUCGACGAAGUGGACGAGGACGGCAGUGGCACAGUGGACUUUGAUGAGUUCCUUGUCAUGAUGGUUCGGUGCAUGAAGGACGACAGCAAAGGGAAGUCUGAGGAGGAGUUGUCGGAUCUCUUCAGAAUGUUUGACAAAAAUGCUGAUGGCUACAUUGACUUGGAUGAACUGAAGAUGAUGCUGCAGGCUACAGGAGAGACCAUUACAGAAGAUGACAUUGAAGAGCUCAUGAAGGAUGGUGACAAAAACAAUGAUGGCCGAAUUGACUAUGACGAGUUCCUGGAAUUCAUGAAGGGUGUGGAGUAGACCCUGAGGUGCACUUACCCCUGCCUGUUCUCCUCUCCGGCCAGACCCUGUGGUAAGGUGCAACUGGGUUCUCUAGACUCUGAACCUGGUUGUGUCCUUGAACCUUGGCCCCUCUGGACUCUCUCCCCAUUUCCUGUCCUGGGAAAUUCAAAUAAAUCCUUGCUCCCCAGA